AUGGCCGCCUCCGCCCACAGCUUCCCAGUACUGGAGCGACUCCUGUCCGCCAACGCCCAGUGGGCGUCCGACGUAGAGCAGGUCGAACCAGGGUUCUUCGAGAGAGGGGCGAAGGGGCAGUCGCCGAAGGUGCUCUGGAUAGGCUGCUCAGACUCGCGCGUGCCAGAGUCGGUCGUGACGGCGGCCAAGCCCGGAGACAUCUUCGUGCACCGCAACAUCGCCAACCAGUUCCACCUUCACGACGACAGCGCGCUGUCCGUGGCGACGUACGCGAUCGCGGCCGUCGGCGUCGAGCACGUCGUUAUCGUCGGACACACCCACUGCGGCGGCGCGGCGGCGACGCAUACGGCGGCACUGAACGACGACCUCGCCGUUCCCCCCCUAGGCUCUGACGCGCCCAUCAACAGGUGGCUCGCGCCGCUCGUCAAGCUCGCAGGAGAAGUGAUAGCGUCGAAACCGACCGCAGAUCCGUUGAAGGAGCUCGUGUACGCGAACGUGAAGGCGCAGGUCGCCAAUCUUGCCCAAAGCGGUCCGGUCGUCGACGCGUGGAAGCAGGGCAAGUCGCUCCACAUCCACGGAUGGGUCUACGACCUAGCGACCGGGAAGCUCGAGGACCUGGGCAUCUCGCAGGGCGGUCCUUGAGGCCUGAGAGGUUUUCUCGUUGAGAUACAGAUGCUAUUCCUAGGGACGGGGUUCGGAGUAUCGUGCGCGAUGUAACGUAGAUUUAGAUGAGUGCAGAGUGAUACGGUAUUCCACUGCGCAGGCGCAAAC